AUGUCUGGACGUGGUAAGGGGAAGAAGAACACCGCGCGGAAUCACAAGUCUCGCUCCUUUAGAUCUGGUCUUCAAUUUCCCGUCGGUAGAGUCCAUAGGCUUCUUCGAAAAGGGAACUACGCCGAACGCAUUGGUGCUGGUGCUCCUGUCUAUUUGGCUGCUGUAAUGGAGUACCUUGCCGCUGAGGUACUUGAACUCGCUGGCAAUGCAGCACGGGAUAACAAAAAGACUCGCAUUGUUCCACGCCAUCUUCAGCUGGCCAUCAGAAAUGACGAAGAGCUUAACAAGUUGCUUAGUAAUGUUACCAUUGCUCAGGGCGGUGUUCUUCCAAAUAUUCAGAGUGUUCUGCUUCCCAAGAAAACCGCCUCAGACGAUGCUAAGAAGGCUCAAUCCCAAGAGUUCUAG